AUUUGUGGCGAGCGAGUUCCUUGGAGUUUUCUUUGUAUUUUCGUCGUUAUCGACGAAAGGGAGUAGAUUUUACUCCCUUUUUUGUGUUUCAAGUAAAACGUCCGUGUAUUUACCGCUUGGUAAAGCUUGUUUGUAUAGUAAAAAACAAUUUUUCUUUGUUUUGGAUUAUAAACAUGGCUUUCUAAAAUGUCGGCCCUGUAUAUAAAAUCGUUAUCUCCUUGCGGAGUAUCCCGCUCAGCUGUAAUUGUGAAUGUUGGAGGAAUCCAGAAUGGACAAGAAAUCUUUGAACCGAUCAUCUCAACCACAGUCGAGGGCAUCAGCCAUCGACUGUAAAAAAAAUACAGAAUUGACACACAAACCUUGGCCACGGAACAAUAAGAAACGAGAAGGACCUAAUAACGCUUCUAAGAAUGAACCUAAUCGGAAAAAUGUGCCUACACAACGGGGAAGGGGACAAGUUGAUAGAAGAGCAAGGGCAAGAGGUUCAUCAAGCUAUGUUGUGGGUGGAACGGCGAACACCGGGUUAGAAGAGGAUGAAGAGCCUGAAAUAGGCUCAGUGUUUGUGCCCGGAAGCAAGAAGCAAAAUUUGAACCAUUUGCUGAACUUCAUGUACCCCUCCCGAGGGGGACAGGAACACAGGGGUGCGCAGAUGCAGUCGCAUCGACAAGUUCAUCAGCGUUUGUCUUAUAGGCAUGAUCAAGAUCUUUACCUUCGUGCUAACUGCCAGUUUAUUGUGAAGGAAGAUGGAGAUUACAAGGCAAACUUGUUAGAUCCCGAUGUGCCAAUAAAGUGGGAGCAAGUUGAGGAAAUUGUUGUGAGGAGCACAGGGCGAUCAGAAUGCCCCAUCUGCUUGGGCCCGCCGGCCGCCGGGCGCGUGGGCCACUGCGGCCACGUGUACUGCUGGGCCUGCGUGCUGCACUACGCGGCGGCCCACGACAAGCAGCCCCCGCCCUGUCCCGUUUGCACCACCGCCCUGCAAGUGAAGGACAUGAAGCCCACACUGAUGGUGCAGUGGGAGUCCCCUGCUGAGGAGGUGACGAUGCGUUUAGUGCGUCGAUUACGUGGUUCUACAACCGUGGAGAUAGCGCCGCCGCGCGGAGCGGUGAAGGAGUCUAUGUCACCACUUUUGCCUCUCGAAAAUAUAAAUGAUGCACCUUAUUCUAAGUUCUUUACUGCUACAAAGCAACAGGUGUAUGAAAUCCUAAAGAGGGAGAGAAAUGAGAUACAAAAUCAGAUUAUGGCUGAGAUUGAUACCACUGAGAUAGAGUAUCUAGAGCAAGCUUUAGACUUGUUAAAAUUAAAAGAGGACAAACUAAAUGCUAUAUCUGACAAACCUGAAGUUGCAGAGACUAUAGUUGAUGCACCUGCGAUUAUUUAUGAAAAACAAGAGGUAACUGAGAACAAAAUAGAUUGGUUUGACGUGACUGAUGAAGGUGCCGCCAGCAUUGAUAUGGUUCAGGACAAAAUGGAAGAAUUGGACUUGAGUACUUCUCAGUCUGGUUUGAACCCAGAUGCUCCUGAAUUUGUACAAAAUAACGAAGAACCUGAAGAAUUCCCACUUAUUGUACUACCAACAUGUGAAACAGAGGAGGUAGAAAGUAAUGAUAGUGUGAAUGUGAUCAAUGAUAUAGACAAAGAAAACCAAGCUAAAUACUUCUAUUUCUAUCAAGCUGAAGACGGACAACAAAUAUUCCUAAAUAGCCUUAACGUCCGUAUUCUGAACGCGUCGUGGGGCGCCCUGGCCGCGGCGCCGCCCAUUGUCCGCGGGCGGGUGCUCCACCGCGAGACUUUGCCCCUCAGUGAACAGACACGGAAACAUAUGCCAUACACUGCUCACUUGCCCCUACAUUGCUCAUUUGAUAUCGUAGAGUUGGAUCUGCAGCCUCCGUACGUCACCACUGGCGCACUGAAUAACUUUGCUGAGGAACUGGACCGUCGCGCCCGCAUCCGCGCUCAGCAGCUGCGGUCGGAGCGACGCCGCGAGCGCGCCCAGCGCCGCGCGCUGGAGGGCCCGCCGCGCCCCGACUUCUCCUCGCCGCUGCUGUUCCCCGCGCCCUGCGCCGCGCUCGACCUGCUGACGCCCGACACCAGCCACCCCUCCACUAGCGCCCUCUCGCCGUCCUCGCCGCCCUCGCCGCCCUCGCCGCCCUCGCAGGGACCUUCUUUCGCUAAAAUGGCAAGCACUAGCGGCACGUGGCGCGUGCGCAAGCCGGCGCCGCCGCCGCCGCCGGCCGAGCCCAGCUGCGCGCCGCGCGCGCUCAGCCUCAGCGACGCGAUCGAGGCCGCGCUGCACGCCGCCCCGCCCGCCGCCCCGCUCGUCGCCCCGCCCACCGGCAAGAAGAACAAAAAGUCUAAGCAGAAAGUGCUCUUCGCUAUAGGCAUGCAACGCGCUACUUGAACGCUCCGAACAAUUCUCUAUCGGCCGUGAUUGCAAAUUAAUUUGAUUUUGUCAGCAAGAAUACCCAACUCGGUCCAUAGACUCCUUUCUGUUCGAAUUCUAUUCGUCUUUUAUUGUAUUUCAUGUUUUACGUUUCAUGUAUGUUCACGACCGAUAGUCUACUUCACCAACCACAUCCUUUUUCAUUUUCUUGUCAUUGUAUACUGGAUAAUAACAAAUAUGGGGUGUGGUUUUGGUUAUAUAUAUCAAUAGCAGAGUUAACAUAAUGUAUGUACUGUUUAUAUUAUUAUUAUUUUGUUGUAUUUUUCUGGCAGAUCUUUAUCUAGCAUUAGCUCUUAUGAUUUUUCUCACACACUACUGUGUUUUUGUUAAGGAUUAUCCAAUGCAAAACGCUUUUGAUGGGCAUUUGUAAACAUAUUACUUGCUUGGAAAUUAAACUCUUACAAUUACAACUGGUGAUUUGAUUACGUAAAAUUUUUAUUGUAUUAUAUCGUAAGUAGCUUGCCUUAGCAAACCUGAUAUUUUAAUAGUGUGAUAUUGAUAUAUACAUACAAAUGGUAUUUAGUAGAAUAGCUUCUUACCCGUGUAACGGUGAAUUCAAAGCUGAUAUUUACUUUUCUCUAUUGAUUUGGCAAAUAAAAUUAAUAUAUGA